CAUUGUUGAAUCAAGUAUUGCACAGAAAGUUGAAUACUAUCGAGAAAUGUGGAUGAAGGAAUGCAAACACUAUGACCACAUAAAGGAAAGUUUUGAGAAUAUCCAGAGUGAUGUAGCAAAGGUUAAGGAAAAGGAAAUUCCUGAAAUUAAGAAAGGUCUGUCUGAUGCACAAGAAAGUUAUGAUAAGUUAAAAAUUGAUCAGGAAAAAAUGGAAGAGCAGCUUGCCUCUACAGUUUCCUCUCUUGAAGAAACAUAUCGAGAAGUUAAAGAACAGAGCGAUGAACAAAUAAGUUCAAUGAAGUCACAUCAAAAAGCAAUGGAAGAUAAGCAAGAGAGCCAUGAGAGACAGCUUACUAGUCUAGAUGAGAAGUUGACACAGACCAGUUCAGUAAUGAGUGUAUUUCAACGGAAACAGACCAAUACUUCAGCACGUGUCAGCCACACGAUACAACUCAUUAAGGAAGUGUCUGAUGAUAAAGACAAAGAAAUUGAACGAUUGGACAGUAAGACCGAUACUUUAGCAGAUACUGAGAAACAGAUCUCAGAAUGUAUAUAUGAAAUGGGAGGUGCUCUACGUCAACUCUCAGAAAAAGAUGAUGAAUUGUCUGAGAAUAUUGAGGAACUAACAAUAAAUUUUGAAAAUGUAAAAGUGGACGUGACAGAUUUAAAAAAGGCUUUGCAGCAAAAAGGUAUCUCCUCCAAACUCAGUGUCUCUUACUUUGAAAGUGAUAUUAGCUAUUUGAAUGGUCAGUAUCACGAAGGCACUAGACAGUGGUUGUUUGAUCACGUUUUAUCAUUAUUAAAACAAAGCGUUCUAAAUACCACUGGUCCCAAAAUUCUUUUAGUUACUGGAAAUCCUGGAAUGGGCAAAUCUGUUAUUGCUGCAAAAUUAAUUUCAAUUUUUAAACAUGAUUCAAAAAUUGCUGGUUGGUUCUUUUUUCAGCAUCACAUGGGUCGGAGGAGUAAUUGCAAGAUGCUGGUUCAGUCACUCUGUUAUCAAAUGAUGUCUACUGUUUCUGGUUUUUCAGCUCAAGUCGAAGAGCAUUGUUCUGAUAUUGAUCCUUCUUCACUCUCUCCAUUAGAACUAUUUGCAUGUCUUAUUCGUGAACCUCUUCAUCAUCUCCCACCUGAUCAUGCAGAAAUGAUAAUUAUGAUUGAUGCACUUGAUGAAUGUGAUUUUGAAUCACAACAAGAUCUGACUAAGCUGUUUAUUCGAGAGUUUGUUAAGCUUCCAAAGUGGUUAAGUAUUAUUGCUACAACACGCCCAGAUCAAAAACUUCUCAGAGCAUUGAAGCGAGUGAAGCAUGUUAUUGAGCUCUUACAAGAUGAUCCACGUAAUUUAAAUGAUAUUCGUAUUUUUUUGGUAGAUUUUUUUAAAGAAAAGAUUGCUAAUUCCCAGUUGGAGUCAGCUGUAGAGCUUUUGCUUAAAAAGUCUGAAGGAAUGUUCUUAUAUUUUUAUUAUGCAAUCGAUUCAUUGGCUGGAAGAGCUGAAAUCAGUCUAGAUGAGUUAGAAAAACUUCUCCCUGAUGGUAUUGAUGAUUAUUAUGAGCUUAACUUUCACCGUUUGUUUGAAGCAAUGGGCAAAGAGAAAUAUCACAAGUUACUCCAAGCGAUACUUGCUUCAAGAUCUCCUGGCUUACCACAUGCCUUUGUUGGCCGUCUGCUUGAUUUAGAUGUACAAGAAACAACCAAAGUGGUGACUCUUAUCUCAACAUUGUUUCCAGUUCAUAAUGAUUGUAUUGCCGUAUUUCACAAAUCAGUACUCGACUGGUUGCUCAAUGAUGAUCUGGCUGGCCAAUAUGCAAUUGAUUUAAUGGCAGGUCAGAAAAGUUUAGCUAAAAUCUGUCAUUCAUUGCUUCAGCAAAUAAAUACAGCUGCUUCCUUAUCAGAUACUGUUCAUCAGUAUGUCAUUCUUAAUGUAAUGCAUCAUUUAUGUCAGGUUUCAGCCAUGCACCAAUUUUCUAGCUAUCUUAUGAGCACUAUAGAAAGUCUGGUUUUCUUAUACCUUCGUCUUCUUUUUUCACAUGGCAAUACUGAGGGCCUUUUGGAGGAUUUAGCUGAAGUGCGAAAGGCUUUUAGCAAGAAUAUAAAGCUUAGACAGAAAGCACAGGAUAUUUCUUCAUUCAUACAAAGAUGUGCACAUGUUUUGAUCGGAAAGCCUUAUUUAAUUUUGCAGUGCACACUUAAUGAGCCCGAUGUUUUUUCUCGUCGACUUAGAAUUGAAGAGUAUCUUUCUAAUCCUUCUGACACCUUCAAGGAACUGAAGGUCAUUCUUCAAGUUAUCAACAAGAAUCAAGAAUUUAGUUCUUCACUCAUAUCAUUCACAUCUGAUGAUAACAUUUCAAGCUGUUUGUUCUCACCUAACCAGGAUAAUAUUAUCUGCAGUGAUUAUAGUAGCAUGAUAAGUAUUUGGGAGGUUAAUACGGGUGAACUAGUGUGUAAGGUUGAUCUUAGCAGUGAAUUUAACAUGCUCCUUCCCAUCAAUGAAUGCAGUGUGUCACCUAAUGGAGAAUUAGUUACAUAUGGUAACUUGUCAACAGCUAUCAACAUGAAAGGAGAAAUGGUUCCACUUAUAGCAACAAAGAAAGAUCAUAAUGUUAACACUUGCAUUUUCAGUCCAGAUGGCCAACAGGUAUUAGCUUAUACAUUUCACCCUGAUGGAUUCUUUGAACUGAUGAAGGAAGUUGGUUACUCUUUAGACUACACAUUUAAUCUUCAGUUGUGGGACAUCAACAAAUCAUCUCAUCACAUCAUUCAUUCUUUGAGGAAAAAAGAGAUGCGUCCUCUUUGUGUUUGCUUCUCUUCUGAUGGAACACAUAUAUAUUGUGGAUACAGAAAUGGUCGUGUUGUUCAAUUUGAUGUCUCCUCACUAGAAGCUACUGCUAUAAUUUUUACCAAUGGCCUCACUAUUAAAAAAGAAUUAGAAAAACUUGAGAUUGAUCAGUUUGAGGGUGUUGAUGAUCCAGUAAUGACAGUCAACUGCUCCAAUGAUGGACACUUUCUUAUUGCGUGUACCAAAAACAAUGGAUUAUUGGUCUGGGAUGCAGCUGCCUUGGAAUUCUUGUGUGCUCAUAAAACAGAAAGUAAUAAAUCCUAUUUUAUAUCAGGUACAUUCUCAAGUGAUUGUAAGUACUUGGCAGCUGGUACAAGCAAAGGUACACUCAAAAUAUGGUCGAUUAGGGAAUUUGAAUUUUCUUUGGAAAUAUCAGUUAAUCCUGAUGGUUCAUUUAACCCAUUAGUUAAAUGCAUAUUUGAUCAACAUACAAAUGUUUUAUGUGUUAUUGGUAACACAGCUAGGCUAUAUUCUUAUGAUGCACUUGUGCAAAUGAUGGCUGCUAAAUCUACCUAUGAUGCAGUACAUCUUAAUCAGGCCAAUGUAUCUAUUUUUGUACCAGAUGGAAAACAUGCAAUCACUUGUGGUGGUCACAAUCUCUGCCUAUGGAACGUUGCAUUGUGUCAGUUAGUAUCAUCAUCAAAUGAAUUGGAUGGAUAUCUUGUUAGAAUGUCAUCUGAUGGUAAAGUUCUUCUGUCAUAUGGAGACAGGUGUUUUAUUGAAGUAUGGGACAUUGCCAAUCUUAAAAAAACUAAUGUUUUAUCACCUAAUUAUGAAGAGAGUAUUAUAAAUCUACCAUAUGAUCCAGAUGGGUCUUCUGAAACUGACAUAUGCCACUGUGCAGUUUCUGUCAAUGCUGAGCAUUGUAUUGUUGUUGGUGGGACAGGUGAAGGAAGGCUUUUUGUUUGGCAUGGAAGAAAUUAUGAGUUGCAGCAAGAGUUACAUGCUCAUGAAAGUUUGAUUACAUUUAUAGAUUUUUCCCCAAAUGGUGAUUCGUUUGUAUCUGCUGACAGCGAUGGCAUGAUAAUGAUGUGGCAAUUGGAAUCGAAUGAUGCUCAGUUGACAUUUAAUAAUUUCCCUCUCUAUGCUCAUCAGGAUAGUAUAGAACAGGUUUGUUACUCUCCACAAGGUAAAAGGAUAGCUUCAUGCAGCAUGGAUAAAAAUGUACAUCUUCACAAUGGGUCAAACGGAGAUUUAAUUGCAAAAUUAGAGGGUCACAAAACUGGCAUCAUGAGGGUCAUUUUUUCAUCUGAUGGUUGCUAUGUUACCUCUGGUGAUGAACAUGGAUCAAUAUUUGUAUGGGAUGGAUUUACUGGAAAGCAAAAACAAUGCCUUCAAAGCAAAUCAAAAAAAAUUGUUUUGGACCUUUUCUUUGUUGCAGCAGACAAGUACAUAUGCAUUCGAGAUACACAUUCACAGUGUAUUACAGUCUAUGAUGUUACUACUGGCUCAGAAGUUUCUUGUUUAUUUUUUGAUGCUGAUAUAUUUGCACUUUCAGCUGCUACUUUCUGGAAAGAUUCUUCAUACCUUUUGUGCACAUUGAAAAAUGAAAGGGUCAAGUUUAUCAAACUUUUAGAAGUUUAACUUUAGAUAAUGUAAACUUAAAAGCUUGAAUUACAGUAUUUAAUUAUAAUUAAUUUAUUUACUAUUUGUUGAAGCAUUUAAACAUUUUUGAGAAU